AUGAAUAUAAUCUUGGUUGUGUUUUGUGUGGGGCUGGCAGCUCUUGUGCGGGCUGAUAACUACCACACCGAAGGAAGAAAGAAAAUCAUUUGCAAUGGAACGGAGCUGAACAUACCCUGUGUGGGGACUAGAUGGAAGAUCUCCUAUCUGGGCACAGACUCUCGGGUAAAUAUUGUGGAAGACGCAGAGGCAGUGCACAUCAGCAACGCAGUGGCGACAGGCAACCAGCCUGUUUACAAAGACGGCCGGGUGGUCUAUCCUUCAGGGUACAGAAUUGUGCUGGAUCAGGACGUCUUAUACGGAAAGGUGCCUGAAAAGAUCAUUUUAAUGACCACGGGCAUUCUUUUUACUAUUUUAGCCACGCUUCCAGUGUACGCAGAAAUACUGAAGUACUUUUAG